UCUUCUUUUUCUAAAUUGUCUUGCCUACACAUGCGAUAAUGCUCUCGCGAUCCACCAUUAGCCGGAAUGCGCCCCGUGCGCUCCAGAAGCAGUACUCUGCUGCCGGUGCCAGCAGCCGUCGAGGCAUGGCUUCUGCCGCUACUCCUGGUCUUCAAUACGAUGUCACCGAGUCUGCUGGUGUGAAGGUCGCCAACAGAGAGGUUGCCGGCCCUACCGGCACCCUAGCUCUCGUUGCUAAGGCUGGUACUCGCUACCAGCCCUUCCCUGGCUUCUCUGAUGCCCUCGAACAAUUCGCUUUCAAGUCCACACUUAAGCGUUCAGCACUGCGGAUCAAUCGGGAGGUCGAACUGCUGGGCGGUGAAGUCUCCUCUACACACUCGCGUGAGAAUGUUGUCCUCAAGGCGAAGUUCCUCGCCAACGACCUCCCUUAUUUCGCGGAACUUUUGGCGGAGGUCGCCUCUCAAACCAAGUUCUCUGCCCACGAAUUGAGCGAGGUAAUUCUUAAGACCCUCAAAUACAGACAACAAGCACUCGCCGCCAACCCUGAAGCUGUUGCUAUCGAUGCUGCUCACGCCGUGGCUUUUCAUCGCGGUUUGGGUGAGAGCAUCACCCCCUCGAUCACCACUGCUUUUGAGAAGUAUCUCUCUGCUGAGGCCGUUGCGGAAUUCGCCCAGCAUGCGUUUGCCAAGCCCAACAUUGCCAUCGUCGGCAGUGGCCCCAACUCUGCGGAACUUUCCAAGUGGGUUGGCCAGUUCUUCAAGGCAGCCCCCAGCACUGGCAGCACUUCCAAGUAUCAGCCUCAGCCAAGCGCCGCCUCCCAGUACUACGGUGGCGAGCAGCGCAUCUCCUCCAAGGCCGGCAACGCCGUUGUGAUUGCCUUCCCCGGCUCCAGUACCUUCGGUACUUCCGAUUAUAAGCCUGAGGCUUCUGUUCUCGCUGCCCUCCUUGGGGGUGAGUCCACUAUCAAGUGGACCCCUGGUUUUUCUCUCCUCGGCCAGGCCACCCAGGGGUUCUCCCAGGUCCGUGCCUCGACCAAGAACCUCGCCUACUCUGACGGCGGUCUCUUCACCAUCUCCCUCUCGGGCAAGGCUGAGCAGAUUGCCUCCGCCGGUAAGAGCGCCGUCGAUGUCCUAAAGAAGGCCGCCGCUGGUGAGUUCGCCAGUGAAGACAUCAAGAAGGCUGUUGCUCUGGCCAAAUUCCAUGCCCUUGAGUCCGCUCAGAACCUUGAAACUGGUCUUGAGGCUACUGGCUCUGCCCUCAUCAACGGUAGCAAGCCAUACCAGAUCGCCGAGGUUGCUCAGAGUAUUGAUGCUGUCACCGAGACCCAGGUCAAGGAGGUUGCCAAGUCUUUCUUGUCCGGCAAGGCUUCUGUCAUCGCCGUCGGAGACCUCUUCCAGCUUCCCUACGGCCAGGACGUUGGCUUGACCGUUUAAACGUGUAUACAACAACUACAUCUUAGACUGGCUUUACUUCCGGAGAAAAAGCGCGUCUUCCGUUUCUAUUCAUCUUGUGUCUAGAUCAACCUUUCGCAGAUAUCUCCUGUCUCCUUUCUUAUUACGUGGCUGUAGUUGUGUGUUUUUGUAAUACAAUUGUAUUUUCUUCCUAAUUAUAUGCCUUGUAUACGUUCUGGGUAGUUGUAUAGUUACAGAUGAAAGCCAAAACGGUAUCG